AUGUCAGCCGCUGGUCCUGGCGUGUACGCUAAAGGCAUGGGUUCACGCGGUGCACUACCGCCGGGCCCGUAUCAUCACAGCUUGUCUCACCAACAGAUGAUGGGUGGCACGGAGAUGCUUCCCCCGCGCUACAUCCCUCCGCCCUCGCCCGCGGCGCUCAUGCAGAGUCCCAUGAGACCGCUGCUCGGUGCACCGCCCCCCGCGGGGAAGCCCAGCGCAGGCGCGCAGGAGGAGGGCGUGGUGGCAAAGUGGGAGAAAGAUCUGCGCGCGGGGAUGUUUCGCAAGGUGGGGCUGGCGGAGGUGGAAGCGGCCACGGGUAAAUUCAGCAAGCGCGCGUUUCUUGGAGAAGGCGCGUUUGCGGCGGUGUACAAGGGGCGGAGUCCGUCCGGCGUGCCGUGGGCAGUGAAGCGAUCGAAACGGAGAUUGACGGAAGGUUCCGCCGGCGCCAGCGAUUUCGAGAACGAGGUGAUGAUGAUUUCGCGACUAUCGCACAAGAAUCUCGUACGGCUACUGGGUUACUGCACUGAGGGUGGCGAACACAUCCUUCUGUACGAGUUCGCGGAGAAUGCGACGCUGUCGCGCGCUCUGGGUCGCUCCCAGCCUCCGUUCCUGUCGUUCGCUCAGCGGCUGGAGAUCGCGCUGGGCACGGCGGAAGGGCUUCACUACCUGCACAACGCGUCGUCGCCGCCCAUCGUCCAUCGCGACAUCAAGCCUGACAACAUCCUGCUGGAUGGCCAGCUCCGCGCCAAAGUUGCCGACUUCGGGCUGCUCAAGAACAUCAUGGAAGGCGGCGGCGCGGGCGAGGUCGUCUCGUCCGUGUACACUCGCGUCGCGGGAACCCCUGGGUACCUGGACCCCGAGUACCACUGCACGUCCAAGGUGACUGUAAAAGGCGACGUGUACAGCUUCGGCGUGGUGCUUCUGGAGCUGUUCACGGGUCAGCGAGCGAUCAUGAUGAACAGUCGCAAGCCCGGCGGCGGCGAUGGCGCGAACCCCGUGCACAUCUCGCAGUGGGCCGCGCCGCUGGUGGCGGCAAAGUCGCUGGACGAUCUGGCGGACCCGAAAAUGGGAGGAGAGUUCGAGCCAGCGGUGCUGCUGCGCGCGCUGGAGAUUGCGCUGCUGUGCGUGCGCCCGUCAUCGAAGCAGCGCCCCGACAUGGGCGCGGUGGUGCGCGGACUGGCGGAGCUGCGCGAGCAAAUCAUGGCGCGCGACGAGCCCCCGGAGACGUUCGUGGAGGAGCACGCGCGCGGGCUGGAUGACCCUGACUCGGAUGAAGAGGCGGAAGCUGCGCAGGCGGAGCAGGGGCGGGCGGAAGGAAGUAUGCGGGUGGGGGAGGAAACGGAUGCGCCAUCGCAGGAGUAUUCGCGGGGCCCGGAAGAGCCGGAGGAAGAGAGAGACGACGAAGAAGGAGGGGAGGGGCUUAUUGGCGCGGCGGACGAGGAGCAAGGGCUAGUCGCGGGAAGCUACCGUGGCAGUGACAUCGGCGCGGGACCAAGGCAGCUGUCUGGCCGGCGCUCUUCUUCGGGCCGAAGCGGGCCAGAAGGUUCAGGAAGGAACCUCGGGAGUGCCUCUGGCGCUGGUUCGUCUGGGCGGAGGACAGAGGGCGAGCCCGGCAGCGUGAAGUACAGCGCGGGUGUGGAAACGUUUGAGACCGAGGAUGAGGGGGCGCAUGGUGUGGACCCCAGCAGCAGGCAGUACGGCGCUCCAGAGGCAGCGAACUCAAGGUCGAGUUACUACGACAGUGGGUUUGUCUACCCCGUGGGUGCGUUCGGGAACGCGUACGACAGCGGGUGGAUGCCGCCGCAUGGGGGCGACCGCGGGGAGGGUGGAGAUCGAGCAGGCAGCCAUGUGAAAAGCAAGAAGACAUUGGAUAUUUUGCAGGUCUCCUUGCCUCCAGCACAUUCGUUGGAAGCCUUCUCUCAAGCUUUUUGUGGGGUUGGACUUGCUCAAACAGCCGGGGGAGUGUCACUGAUUCCAUUUCAGCUCUUUGUGUACCCAAUGCUGAAUCAGAGGCUCGGCCCAACACGAACACUGCAACUGGGACUAAUCUUCGGAGCUACCUUGGGUGCACUACCUAUUGUGAGGGUUGUUGGCACAGAUCGCACAAAGCUUCUGAUCGCCAUAAUGUCUGUCCAGAUGCUUCGAAGCGUAGCAUCCCUGUGCUCCUUCACAUCUGUUUUCAUCCUUAUUUCGAACAGCGUCAAGCGUUCUGAGUUCUUGGGCACAGUUAACGGCAUAAGCCAGACAGGAAAUGCGGUGUGCCGUGCAAUUGCACCAACGUUGGCUGGGAGUGUUUUCGCGUGGAGUAUUGCACAGAAGUGGGUGCCCUGGAUAGACCAACAUUUUCCAUUCGCACUUUUUAGCGUGGGUGUCAUGGGCAUACUGUACCUGUCAUGCAUGCUGACUAAAUCUGCAGAUACACGAGAGUGA